CAAGACCAUCGCUUCCAAGCCCCCUUCUCACGACUGUCAGAUGUAACGAGACGAUGGACAGGUCGUUGGCGGCCUUACUGAGAUCUUUGCAGACUUCAGAUUCUUCUGCAGAUGCCUUGAGGCUACUACCCACUGCCACGAAUCUUCUGUCCAGACUGUCCAACCCUCUCAAUGUCACAUUACUGACUUCGCAUCUACUGUCAAAUGAUAUCCUUUACCCUCGGCCCAUCGAGAUUGCUCAAUCUCGUCAGAUAUUCUCGGUGUUUUACACUGCCGUUCUCAGAUUGAUUGAGGACAAGCAAAGCCCCGUUCAUGCGCAGCUACGCAGCAAUCUGCCUGUGAGGGAAUGGGUGAAAGCAGUAGUCCAAGGAGCAGACGAUAAAUCACCGAGAUGGAGGCACACAUUACUAAUCGGCGGACUGCUUCUGGCAUUUCAGUCCAGGCAAUUCGAAGACCUGCCGCCUGACCUACGGAACAAGCUAGAGGCAGCACUGGUCACGGCCUCCAACUUAGCCCUGCUACAGAAAGAUGCGGAGCCGAAUUGUGAACUGCCAGUAAUCUUUGUACUGAACCAUACUUUCCCGCUGCUGUCAGGUUAUCACCAGUCUCAGGUGCAAUUUGACCUUCUCCUGCCUGUCUUGGUGAAUGCGAUAUUCUUUUCGAGAGCAGGCCUUGAGCAGGGAUAUUGGCUGGGAACUAUCGACAAUGACGUGCGGCAGUUUGGCGGACAAAAGUUCAGCUGGUCCUCAAGAUCGAGAUCGUUCGGCAAGGUCAACAAGAUCAAAUCAAGAAGCCUUGUCGCCCCUCUUGGGGCUUUGUCACGCUUGAUGGCUCAUUGCAUCGACAAUGUACAAGACCCAUCCUUGAUAGUGUACAGCACCAACAGGAUCGCGGAAUUUGCCCGGACUCUGGCGACUUCCUGGAGACAGAACAAACUCUCUGAGGUCGACCCACGCGAGGAGGCUCAGUAUCUCGACCAGGAAACGAUCAACCAAACAUUUCCUGUGCUUCUACAAUUGCUUCGAAACACGGUAUUCGCAGCCAUUAUAACUCUUCGGUCUGUGGUGGGCCGCACCCUUUGCGAUUCUGCUUUGGCAUCAAACAACACUGCUCCAUCAUUGGCGAUGCAAACGUUGCAUAUCCUACGCGACACAUAUUUCAUAGCACAUCGAUUUGGACUCACUUCCUCGUCCCAAUAUACCUUCGUCAACACCACAGCGAUCGACAUACUAAGCCGAUAUCAAGCUCAAUCUGAACAUUUCCUGGAAGCAAUCAAGCCUGCGGAACUAGAACGCAUUCCUGUUCAUCCUCUUGACAGGACCUAUGAUCUAUUCUUCCUCAACACUGCCGAACAUUUUACCUUGACUCUAUCGCCACGCACAAACCAAGAGCUUCUGUUCAACUCGGCAGCACCAUACGUUGACCCAAGAGGGGACCCUCGUCUGGGAGAAAUAUUCGAAGCAGCUCACAGUGUGAUGUUGGCCAUCCUGGCUGCACCACAAAAUGCCGAAGUGGCAACGAGGAAUGUGCCGUUCUAUGUGGAGACAUUGCUUCAUAGCUUUCCAAAGCCACUGACUGCUCGACAGUUCAGAUUCGCCAUGAAAUCUGUCGUACUGCUUGCUGCACCACCUUCACCCAUAGCAAUGUUAAUGCCGCUCAUGCAGGCUAUUGUUCUUGAUCUGCUUAGAGAAAGAGUGGAGCAUGCUUCCGAAGAUUUGCUCCCUUCUAACCAUGACGUACCAGUGGAGAGCAAUCAACCUUUGUCUGAAAGAACGGUUCUGCUUUUGUCCAUCAUCGACUGUCUGAAUUCUUUGCCUAUUCCCCUUCUGGAGGAUUGGCUACCUGUGACUGCCGACCUCUUACAAAAGGUCAAGAACCCUGUACAGAAGCAACAAUGCCAACAACGACUGUGGGCCGCCCUUAGUGAUGGUGAGAUGGAUGUGGAGCGUGCCGCGAGUUGCGUGGCUUGGUGGACGUCAAGAGGUGGGCGUGAGCAUGUCAUGCUUGGAGAACAGCCAGAAGAACAAGAAUACUUCAUGAGUGGUGCCUUGCAGUUUGACAGUAAACUAUGACAACAGCUGGUAUGAAGAAAGGGGCAUUAUGUUUCUUUCACGCUGUGUAAGCUACGUUAAUGCUUGGAGAUGUCAACAUUGUUCCGGAACAAGGGCUUGGACGCCAUUCGCUCUAGUGGAAGAAGAAGGUUGGCUUUUGGACUGAGAACGACAAAGCAAGCUGCUGGUG